UACAUGUACUGUACGUACAUUGUAGGAUCCAACUUGGAAGCAAGGUCUUGUGUUUUGUCAGAAGUUUUCCUUUUUUCCUUCAAAGGCAAUCUUUUUCUGAGUACUGCCACUGUAUUUAAUUCAUGCAGUCACCUGUGACUAGGCCUUGUUCUGCAGCGUUUACCUUAAUUCAGGCGUUUGAAGACCAGUGGGCCUACUGAAUCGGUCACCAGCCAAGAUGCCCAAGGUGAGCUCCGCCAAGAAGUUCCGCAAGAAGGCCAAGCUGGAAGAGGCCCUGCGGGGGGCCUCGGACCACUCCUCCAGCUGCAUGUGCGAGACCAUCCUGCCCAAGGCGCUGGCGACCAAGCCUCACUGCGGCUGGUACGACCUCAUCGAUUUUGAUCCCAGUGUGGAGGAGCAGAGCUUCCUCCUUGAAAAGCCCCUCACAGACUGGACCCAGGUUGCCCAUGGCAAAGCAGUUGAGGCCAGGACUGUUCUGUCGGAGUUCCGCGCCUUUGUCAGCGAUCAGAGCCUACUGGGCUUCUGGACGGGCCUCAUCAUCUGGCAGCGUGACAGUGCCGGCUACGUCCACUGCCCAUUCCCCUGCUGCGACAUGCGCCUGUCGGGCACGUCUGCCGUGCACACGCUCCUGCAGCGGCACUGGCGCUACCAGCACGCCCGGCCAUACCUCUGCAACAUCUGUGGUUCCAGCUACGCCACGGAUGGUGCCCUCAAGGUUCACUUUUUCCGCACUCGGCACAACGAGGAUGGGCGGAGCCGGGGCAAGAAGCCCAAAGGGGCAGGACGGCAGGGCUUCUCGGUGCACCGGCGAGAAGCCAUCGUGCGCUACAUUCUCAAAGCCGAGAGACUCAUGGACGAGAGUGGACAGUGAUCGGUUAUCCAGUUUAGAAAUCAUCCCAAGACCAGACACAAGACCAGGCAUAAGUGUUAGAUUAACCAAUGACAGAGGAAUGCUCUUGCUGCAGUUUAUGUGAGUAGCUUGGGACCAGGGUCAGAGCUACUCUGCUGGGCACCAACUGGUGCUAGCCAGCAGUCCAAAUCGAGUGCACACUGUCCAUUUAUGCUGCGUCGUCCAUCCCCCAACCAGCUGGCACCAACAUUCUCUAAUUACGGCCCACAUGUGCCUUGAACUCAGACUCGGGCGCUUGUGUUGGUCUUGUCUGGUCAUAUGAUGGUCUUAUGGGAUAUCAAACUACAACACUGAUGUAAAGACGUUCAUUCUCAGUGGGAUCUUGUAUGAUUGUGUGAAAAUAUUUUUGUGAGAGAACUGCAGAUGCAGCAGUGUAGUACCUCCUGUGUCAUUGAUAUGCAACCAAUUUUUAUUUGAAUGUGCACAAACUGGUUUAUCAAAGGAUAGGGUUAUGACAAAAAUUUUCCUCGGGUGCCCUUUUAUGUCAUGUUUUGUAUUUUUGCAUGUACCAUAGAGCAGCAGAGCGUCUACUGAGCUCUUAGCUUGGUUAAAUAAAACGAAUUCUUUAUUUGGAAUAUUAGAAUUUUCAAUUCCUUCGGAACCGUCUUUCAAAGACAUAUUUGAUGGUAUUUGUUUAUAAUAGUGGAGUUUCCCUUUUUAUGAGAAUCUUUGUGGUUUCAUUUCAAUGUGACAAAUGGCGCCUGCUUGCAUGUGUGAUGAAUUUUAGUAGGAAUGCUUUUUUUCAGGACUUAGAAUUUGCUGUUUUUCCUGGUUUUUUAAUGUGAGAAUUGUUUACGUAAAUUGUUCUGGAGAAAUGAAUUCUGUCCUGUUCCACAUGCAUUGCUAUUUUUAUACUGAUAAUUUUCUCAUGAGUAUUGAAAGAAUAAGCCAUUUGCGAGUUAAAUUUGAAUAAAAUCUGGUACACUGAGUUAUUUAAAUUCACAUGAACAUAACU